ACAGGAACUGAACAUUUCCCAUGGAGGAGUCGCAGGACUAGUUGCUGUGAGGAUCAGUGAGCAGUAGAUUAAGUUACUUUUUCAGGUUGGAGAAAAGAAGAUGAAUAAGGUGGUUUUAGUGACGGGAGCAAACAGUGGGAUUGGCCUGUCGCUGUGUGAGCGUCUCCUUUCACAGGACACAGAGGGUCUCCAGCUGUGUUUGGCGUGCAGGAACAUGAGAAAGGCUCAGGCAGCUUGCUCCGCCCUCCUGGCCUCUCACCCUACUGCCCAGGUAGCCCUCCUGCAGAUGGACACCAGCAGCGUCACAUCCGUUUUAAAUGCUGCACAGGAAAUCAAACUGAGGUAUAACCGGCUGGACUACCUCUACCUGAACGCAGGCAUCAUGCCAAACCCACAGUUUGAUGUGAAAGCUUUCUUCAGAGGCCUCUUCUCCAGCAAGAUCAUCGCCAUGUUUGCCACCGGCGAGGGGAUUCUGACACAGAAAGACUGCGUCACCACCGACGGCCUGCAAGACGUGUUUGCAACCAACCUCUUUGGUCACUUCCUGCUUAUCAGGGAGCUGGAGCCAAUCCUGUGCCACACCGGCCGGUCCUCGCAGCUGAUCUGGACGUCCUCCAGUAACGAUCACAAGAAUACAAAAAAAAUUUUCACCAACACGUUCACCCUGACCCCUUACAAUGGAGCCGGAGCCCUGUUCUGGCUUUAUAAGCAGAGACCUGAAUCCCUCGACCCUCAAGCUAAGUACCACAGCUUAACAUCUGGACUCGGUAACAACUACACACGACCGAGUAAGAUGGAUAUUGAUCUGGAAACAUCGGCGGCUCUGUGUGAGAAAUUAUUCCAACUGGAAAGUGAAGUGAGAAGGAAACUAAAGGAAGGAGAAAAACGAUCCCGACGUGGUCACAGUAAUCCUGCUGGACCUGCAGCACCAUGAUGUAGCCUGCCCUCUGAG